AUGCCUUACUUGAAUGCUAACAUCCUCGCGACAUAUAUAAUAUUCAUCUUGCAGCUCUCACAACCAUCAUCAUCUACACAAGAUGACAUUCAAUAUGUCAACCCGCUUAUUGGUUCAACAAGUGGCGGUAACGUCUUCGCAGGUGCAAGCCUCCCAUACGGCAUCGCAAAACCUGUCGCAGACGUAGACGGUCAAAACACCGGCGGCUUCUCCACAGAUGGAAGCAAUGUCACCGGAUUUUCACACAUGCAUGAUAGCGGUACAGGAGGCAAUCCAUCUAUGGGUCAGUUUCCCUUGUUUCCGCAGUACUGCACCGACAACGUGCUCGACAACUGCAAGUUCCCCAAGACGGCCCGCGCAGUCCACUACGUGAAUGACUCGGUCACCGCGCGCCCGGGCUAUUUUGCCCUGGAACUAGUAAACGGCAUCUCGGCAGAGAUGACGGCUGCCCGGCGGACAGCACUGUACAAGUUCACUUUUCCCGAGAACAAGACUCAAAAUGGUUCGAUGCUGGAUCCGGUCAUCAGUCUUGAUCUGACAGAUUUGUGGGACAGUCGACAGAAUGCGACUAUCAGUGUUGAUCCCGAGUCCGGGCGGAUCAAAGGCAAUGGGACUUUCCUGCCCAGCUUUGGCGCGGGGUCUUACCAGGCGUAUUUCUGUGCUGAUUUCGCCGGUGCCCGGAUCCUUGAUAGUGGCAUUUGGGUGAAUGACCGGGCAGGCUCGGAGCCGAAGGAGCUGUUCGUUACACGCGGUUUCAACAAUUUCUAUCUCCAGGCUGGCGGGUUUGUGAAAUUCGAGCGGCCGACCGACGGUGCUGUGACGGCUAGAGUGGGUGUUAGCUUUAUUAGCUCGGACCAGGCGUGCUCCAAUGCUGAAACAGAGAUAGCUGAUCCACUCAGUUCGUUUGAGAGGCUGCAGAGUGAGGCCGAGAGUGCUUGGAAGGAGAAACUUGCUCCUAUCAGGGUCACGUCGGGAGGCGUGAGCGAUGACAUGUUGAGCGCGUUCUGGAGUGGCAUUUAUCGGACGAUGCUUUCGCCUCAGGACAUGACUGGGGAGAAUCCAUUGUGGGAUAGCGAUGAGCCAUACUUUGACUCGUUUUACUGUCUCUGGGAUGCUUUCCGGGCCCAGCAUCCUUUUCUUACAGUUCUGGACCCUAAAGAACAAUCGAGGAUGGUGCGUAGCUUGUUAGACACUUUCAAGCAUGAAGGAUGGCUCCCUGAUUGUCGCAUGAGUCUCUGCAAAGGCUGGACGCAAGGAGGCUCUAAUGCAGAUGUCGUGAUUGCAGAUGCGUACAUCAAGAAUCUGACAGGUAUCGACUGGGAGCUGGCCUACAAGGCAAUGGUAAACGAUGCAGAAAACGAGCCUCUGGAGUGGUCGUAUGAAGGACGAGGCGGUCUUCAAAGCUGGAAACGGCUGGAUUACAUACCAUAUCUGGACUUUGAUUAUUUGGGAUUCGGAACGAAUUCUCGAAGUAUCUCCCGGACGGUGGAGUACGCGUAUAAUGAUCAUUGUGUUUCUGUGGUGGGCAAAGGCCUGGGGAAGGCAGAUUAUACAAGCUAUGUCUCUCGGUCGAGUAAUUGGAAAAACAUUUUCAAAGACGACCAAGCUUCAAUCCUGGAAAACGGCACGAAUACUGGUUUCACUGGUUUUUUCCAACCCAGAUAUCUCAAUGGAACCUGGGGGUUCCAGGACCCAAUUGCGUGCAGUGCCUUAGCAUCUUGGUGCUCGCUAACUUCGAACCCAUCCGAGACAUUCGAAUCGAGUAUCUGGGAGUAUCAAUUCUACGUCCCCCACGACAUGGCAUCGCUGAUCACCCAUCUGGGGGGCUCUGAAUCCUUCGUGUCCCGCCUGGACUACUUCCAUGAUUCUGGACUCGCCGAUAUCAGCAACGAGCCCGUAUUCCUGACCGUCUAUGAGUACCACUACGCAGGCCGACCGGGACUUUCCGCAAAGCGAGCCCACAGUUACAUUCCGCAAACCUUCAAUGGCUCCGACAACGGGCUUCCAGGCAACGACGAUUCCGGGGCCAUGGGCUCAUUUCUGGCAUGGAGUUGUUUAGGCCUAUUCCCCAACCCAGGACAAAACGUAUACCUCAUAUCUCCGCCGUUCUUCGAAUCGGUUGAAAUCACGCAUCCAGAGACCAAUCAAACGGCCAUAAUCCGAAACAUCAAUUUCGACCCCACGUACAAAAAUAUCUAUAUCCAAAGCGCCACGCUCAAUGGGGAACCAUACUCGAGGAGCUGGAUUGGCCACGAGCUCUUCACGCAGGGUUGGACGCUGGAACUAACGCUUGGGGACCGAGAGAGUGAUUGGGGUACAAGCAAGGAGAAUUUGCCUCCUAGUUUGAGCGACUCGGUGGUUCAUGAUCAGUUGCAGCGUGCAUGA